CGUAAGCACACACACACACACACACACACACACGCACGCAUACACACACACACGCAAGCACACGCCCGCUCCCUCCGAGCUCGUUUUCGCUCGCGCCCGCCGGCCUUUUGCCGUGGAGCCUCGCGCCGCGCCGCGUCCGUGCGCUCGGUCGUUCUGUCCGCGCGACCGCAAGCUCGCGAUGCGAUGGAUAUCCUCUGGCAGUACCAGUUCAGGAUCAUUUUGCUCGGCGACUCGACGGUCGGCAAGUCGUCGCUGCUCAAACGCUUCACCGACGGCGUGUACAGCGAUGUGGCGGACCCCACGGUCGGGGUGGACUUUUACGCGCGGGCGCUCGACGUAGAGCCGGGGGUGAAGAUCAAACUGCAGCUGUGGGACACCGCCGGGCAGGAGAGAUUCAGAUCCAUUACAACUUCCUACUACCGCAACUCAGUCGGUGGUCUUCUGGUGUUUGACCUGACCAACCGCAAAAGCUUUGAGCAUGUGCGUGAUUGGCACCGCGAAGUCACCGAGCACAUCCUGCCACACCACAUGGUCUACAUCUUGGUCGGCCACAAGAGCGACCUGACCCGAGAGCGCAGAGUGCACCGUGGUGAGGCGGAGCAUCUGGCGGCCGAGCUGGGGGUCCGUUAUGUGGAAACUUCAGCCAAGUGCAACAGCAAUGUGGAGCACGCCUUCGAGCUGCUGGCACGCGACAUCUACGAGCUGAUGAAGAUGGGUGAGAUCUCGGCCCGAGACGGAUGGGACGGCGUCAAAAGCGGCCUCACAGCUAAAGUCCUCUAUCCGGCUGAGGAAGAGGAAGAGCGAGAGAAGAGCUGCAACUGCUGACUGACCUGGAAUGCUCACCUUUAACCUCUCACCUGUGCGUCAGUCAUCCUGCUGAGUUCACGCUUCCACUUCCUGUAUUGCAAGUCAGGCUUGCUGUUUGCCCCUGCAUUUUUUUGUCUGUCCACAUCUUGAGAUGUAUGGUUUUAUAAAUAAGGGCUUCAGGUUGGAAAAAACGUAAGCAUGGAUGGACGGAUGGCGAAGAGCAGUAAGAUGCAGGAAGGUGCUUGGAGAUAUCACAGGUUGACAUUGGACUCUUUCCCGGAUUUCCUUUUGAGCUUGUUGUUUUUGUCACAUAGUGUUAAAACACUGAUGAGGAAUGUAAUGUACUUUUUCUUACUCAACCUGCUUCACCUUCAUCUUCACCUAUUCCACCAGUGUCGUAUAUCUUCACUAGAUCUCACUCAUGAAGAUACACAAGAACUUGCUGAAUUUCAUUCAGAUUGCAUCAUUCAUUUGGACGAGUUUGUGCAGUGCAGUUAACAUGUAAAUUAAUCACGCAAAGUGGGAGAACGGCGUACGCCAAGUCUGUGUGCUACUGCAUCAGUCCUUAGAAGCUGAAGUGUUAGAGUUGUUUUCUGAAGUUCUCAAUACUGUAGGUAUUAUUAUGUAACUACUGGAACUCGUCAUCAGACUGAAAUUUCAAAUCCUGAGCCUAUGACAAACGGAAAAAAGAAUUCAAACACCAACAUAUUUGCUCUGUCUUUCUCUUUCCUUUCUCAAGUGGGUUGUGGCCUAAACGUUACUACUGUACAUUUCUACAAAGCCAUUUUUAAAGCAGUGAGUAGAUCCACAGCCACAUUCAGCUCCAGGUGCCAAACUAAUUCCUAAUAUGAGCUGAAACAGCUGAGGGCCGAUUCCGCAUAUUCAAUACUGUUCAUACUGUAUGCAAUUCAACUUAGGUAUGGAUUCUAUAUACUGUACAUAUACACUGUAUGAGGGUCAGAGAAUCAUCUAGGUCAGUCUGCUUGUCCUGUAGAGAUGAAUCUGAUACAUUCACAAAAUUUGCUCUGGAAAAAAAAAAAUCUGCUUGAUCGUAAACUUAGCAAUUAAUAUCAAACUCAAAAUGGAGAAAACAAGAACUUGUUCAUGUAAUCCAACAUCUUUUACAUCCUGUUUGUAGGAACACGAGCAAGAAAGCGAGAAAAUCGACCCAAUUAUUGUUAAAUAGCUGAAAAUGGUAGCUAACUUAAAUAUUCUAUAAAUCACUUAUGUGCAUAUAGUAAACGUUUUCUGUGUUUGAUGAAAAUAUUGAAGAUGCCAUAGAUUUUUCAUUGUUUUCCUCAUAAUCCUCAUCUUGAUUUGAUUUACCACGCAGAAGAAAAUCAGGAAGGUGGGACAGAAAAAAGGGAAUAAUAAAUAAAUAUAAACGAUCUGGACACAUUCAGAGUUUUAUCUUGUACUUGCAUUUCCAGAUCUUUCAAUUUACGACUAAUAUCUCAAAGGCAGGUAAUCUGAUUCAUGUGAUUUAAUAGUUACGACUUUGGACUGUCAUGAGUUCAGUUCCCACCACCAGGAUGCUACUGUUGGGCCCCUGAGCAAGGCCCUCAACUCUUAACUGCUCAGUAGUAUAAAUGAAUAAAUUGUACAUCGAUCCGGAUAAGCACGUCUGCCAAAACACAUAAUGUGAAUGCGAAUCCAUUAGACUCAUUUAUGGCUGCUGAAUGUGCUGAAUAAUCUGCAGUUUUAUUUGUGUAGAGCUUUUAACACUGGACAUAAAGCAGCUUUGCAGAAAUAAACUGAUUCGUUCCUAUGCGUUUAUCUCUUACGAGUGAGACGGAGAUCAGGGAAAAACUCCCCGAGAAGAAAGAAACCUUGAGAGGAACUAGACUCAAAAUAGAACCUUAGUCACAGACUGUAGUUUACUUUUUUCUGAUCAUUCAUUUACACUUUAAGUAUCACAACACACCAGCAUCACUACUCAUGCUUAUGAAUUAUACUGUGAGUAAAUUCUUCUUACUAACUGUAAAGCUGCACACAGACAAGGUUCUAGUAGGGGUUUCAUAACAGUACAUCUCAAAAGAACAGAUUUACCAGACAUCUCAGUCUCUAUCUCAGCUCUCGUGACUAAAACAAAUCACAUUUAAAUAAGUAUACUUCUGCGCUAAUGAAUUACAAUGCAUGCCACCUCCUGCUUCUUCUCUCAGCUGUGCUUCUUUUGUGGGAUCAGUGAUUCCACUGGAAUUGGGGCCACGUUCUAUUCCAUUCUGUAAUAUACCUUUCCAUCUUCUCAAAUAUAGAUGUUUAUGCUGACCAAAUAAAUAAGUCUAGCAUUAGUUAAUGACUAUAUUCCCAUUAGCAGAGCUGCUAAACACAGCGACCAAUCCCUCGUUUCUUCAUCCGUUCUGAUGGAGAAUAAUAUUAAUAACAGGGUUUCUUUUGUAUAAACGUUUUAUAAAGUAGAUUUCGAUAGGAAACGUGAAACCAUUAGAAGCCACACCAUGGUGACAUGUUUAUGUGGGGUGAAUAGAUAGAUAGAUGGAUGGAUGGAUGGAUGGAAGUUUUGAAGUAUCAUCAGUGGCUAACAUUUGUGUUGAAGAGAAAUUUGUACUUUUACUCCAAUAUGCAAAUUUUUUUUUUUAUAGAACUUAAAAAGAAUAUUGGCUGAAAACAGCUGAAGGAUUUCUGCCCCAGAGCUUCUUGGGUUCUAGAUCGGGUUCUUGUGCUCGGGUUAUUGAAUGUGUGGACAUUUAUAUGCUCUCCGUGUGUGUGUGUGUGUGUGUGUGUGUGUGUGUGUGUGUGUGUGUGUGUGUGUUGGUUUGGGGAGGGAGGGAUUGGGGGUAUUUGACCCAAGGAAAUGCUAAUAGGUGAAUUGCUCAAUGUAAAUGGUCCCAAAGUGUAAAUGAAUGUGUGUGUGUGUGUGUGUGUGUGUGUGUGUGUGUGUGUGUGUGUGUGUGUGUGUGUGUGUGUGUGUGUGUGUGUGUGUGUGUGUGUGUGUGUGUGUUUGGGGGUUUUGUGGGGUUUCCUUCUGGCACCUAAAGAAAUGCUAAUAGGUGGAUUGGUGAAUCUAAAUGGUCCCUGGGUUUAAAUGAAUGUAUGAAUUAUUGUGGUGUGUGUGUGUGUGUGUGUGUGUGUGUGUGUGUGUGUGUGUGUGUGUGUACUGACAUUCCAUCCAACUGAACAAUUUAGUACAAUCACUAUAUACAUUGUCAUAAGAGUGCAUAGUGUUAAUUCUGCUUUAAUGAACCGGAUUGUAUAUUUUGCUUUACAUUCAUUAUUUAUAGUUGAUUGUUAAAUUGUUUGUUUGAUUUCUCUUCAUGAAAAACUGUCACUAACACUGUACUCGAUGCUCAGAUGUUCACCUCUUCCACUGGCACUGAAAUUAAUACAGUCAUAUUAAAAAUUAUGUAAAUUUACAUCAGCAGAUUUCUGACCAGCUGCUCAAACAGUAAAAAGUAUAAUUAGUCUUUGUACACAUUAUUAAAUGUGUUAUUAUUAAAUAUUUAAUGAGACUCUAUGACUUUACUGUUGAAGCUUUAUUAAGGCAAAGAAAACAAAAAACAUGUUUUUUUUCCACCCCAAAUUAUUCAUAGAAAGAACAUACAUAAGAUGAUGUUUAUGCCAUUAAUAUGUAUAUUUUUUCUUUAUUACAACGACAUAAUUAUAGCGAAAACUCAUCAUUUAAUAAAUAAUGUGUAAUGUAGGUCUUUACGCAUCACAUUAAUUCUUUGUAUUCGAUUGUUCAAGUUUUAAUUUCUUCACAUUUAAAUAAAAACAAUCCUAUAUUGCUGAAUUGUUCACAUUUGCGCCAUCUAGUGGUGGCCCGAAAAUGCGCAGCAGUACCCUGCUUUCUGUAUUAUUUCUUUUUCCUAAAAAAUAAAAAAAUAAAAUACACACAAGAGGAGAAAGAACGCGUGUUGAAACCUUCAGACGUCUUCAGAUCUUUCCACUAACUCCUCCAGCAGCUUUGUGCAAGCUUCUGCUCACACUGUAAAUUCACACUAAUUACUAUGUGGCUGAAUGUGUGACGUAAAAAAUAAAUUAUUUAUGUCCUGAUA